AUGGGCUGGUUUGACAAUGAUACCCCCGAGGCCAAGAGCCAAAAAAUCGUCAAUGUAAACAACCACCACAAUGCGAAAUGGACAUUUGAGCUGCUCGGUGGUGCUGCUGCCUACGAAGCCAUACAAGCAUACGAAGACCAUGAGGCUAGAGAAGGUAAGAUUGAGGAUCGCGUGAAGGCAAAGGAGUUUAUCGCCACUGCCAUCAGUGCUUACAUUGCUCGCGAAGUUGAGUCCAAGGGCAUUGACUACGUGGACCUGAACAAGGCGAAGUACCACGCUCAGCGCAGAUGCGACAUUCGUCUUUCUCACAGAGGCCGCUUUAAGCCAUGA